UGAGACCAGACGCUCGUCAAGAGGGAGAGAGAGGGAGGGAGGGAGAGAGGGAGAGACACACGGUCAAAUUGAGCUUUAUCUAUCGCGGUGGGUCACCCAGUAAGAGCCAUUUGGAGCCAGAGGCGACCCGUAGCGCGCAGGAGCCGCAGUCAAGAGGCAGAUCAUCAGCAGUCUGAAUCACAGAGGCCAGCAGUCAGAGAGCACAUUGCUCCACACACACACACACAUACACACACACACACACACACACACAGAAAAACACACAGACACGGAAGAGAAGUGAGAGAAAGAGAGGCAGAGUGAGGGACGGACGGUGAGACGAGCAGUUGAAGUUUGACGGUGCGGGAUAAUAAAAGGCGGAGGAGAGGCUCACACAGUCAAAGUCCAGAGGCCGGAAAGUGUUGGAGAAGAUGCCGCGGGUAGUCCCGGACCAGAGGAGCAAGUUUGAGAAUGAGGAGUUUUUCCGCAAGUUGAGCAGGGAGUGUGAGAUUAAAUACACUGGGUUCAGGGACCGACCCCAUGAGGAGAGACAAGCUCGCUUCCAGAACGCCUGCAGGGACGGACGGUCAGAAAUAGCUUUUGUAGCUACAGGCACCAACCUAUCUCUCCAGUUCUUUCCAGCCAAUCAGCACGGUGAUCAGAGGCAAGUUCCUACAAGGGAGUAUGUCGACUUCGAAAGAGAGACAGGAAAGGUCUAUUUAAAGGCUCCUAUGAUCUUGAAUGGGGUGUGUGUGAUCUGGAGAGGAUGGAUUGACCUACAGAGGCUGGAUGGGAUGGGAUACCUUGAGUACGAUGAGGAGAGGGCGCAGCAAGAAGAUGCUUUGGCCCAGGCAGCGUUUGAAGAAGCUCGACGCAGAACCAGAGACUUUGAAGAAAGAGACCGAUCACACAGAGAGGAUCUAGAGGACCCUGUGGUUUCUAAAAUCUGGGACUGAUGACACACAGACAGACAGCCAGCAGAACAGAACAGGUCCAGACGACAGCAGGACCCCAGCCCUGGCUCAAACAUGGCCAACGCUGACGUGGAACACAAGAUGCGCUGAGGAGGAGGAGGAGAAGGAGAAGGAGAAGCAGGAAGUAGUGAAAGGGCGAAGAGGAAAAAAACAGGGCUGGCUGUCCGUUCCCUUUCAAUACAAUCAACUGAAAAAAUUUGUCAACUAAAAUUGCAAUUGUUGACCAAUUGUUCACUAUGAUUACCUAACAGGUUUGAUAUCAUUGUUUUCACAUGCCAAACAUUUUUUAAAUGUAGAAGAAAAUAAGCCUCCUGAAUUGAUUGAAUUGAAAGUGAAGCAAGCCCUAACAUAGAAGGAUUAACAGGAAUAAAGACACAACAGACCUGGGCAAAAAGUAGCUGAAUAAAGGAAGGAACUCAAACAGUUGAAUUAGCAUUACAAUGCAAAUGUGACACAUCCAAAACUGAAGUUGUUUGUUAAGUGUUUCACAAAAAAAUUUCUAUAUUUUUUGUCCAGGUCUAAAAUGAUUUGAUGGAUCAAGUACCAAAAGUAUAUUUUCUAUUAAAGCAAGAUGGUGAAAUUAGAGGGAGAGAGGCUGUAAGGGGGCAUGGAGGCCAUUAGUGAGGGGAGAGGGAGCAGAGAAAAGAGAGAUUUGUUUGGCUCAGGGUCACGGUCGGGGCUUAUCGGUAAGGAUUACCAGUAGAGCAUGCAUCAAAUGUGAGGUGUUGACAGUUUGUUAAAAAAACAAAGAGAGAGAGGAAAAUAUCUUUGCAUUGUUCAGUGUUGUGCAACACUUCACAUUUGUGAACAUGCCCUUGUUAACUCCAUCUAUACCUAGCUCACUUCCUGAAACCUGCUGUUUUCUUAGACCAAAGUUCACUUUGCUGGAAAUGGAGGGAGGGGGGAGGGAGAGGGGGAAGGAUGGGGUAAAAGACUGGGAAACUGAGUCGCGUUUUAAAAGUGGGCAGGUGGGAGGAGAGCAUCCAGAGAGAAUUAUGCCAGGUUGAAUGGUUAAGCAGUGUUUGCUGUACUAUUAUAUUCAAGAUCAUUUAAAGGUCUAGUGUGGAUCUAGUGGCAUCUAGCGGUGAUGUUACAGAACUAACACUUCACCCGUGUGCCAAGCAUGUAGGAGAACUCCGGUGGCCGGCAGGAAAAUGCAAAAACAUGAAUGGCCCAAUCGAGAACCAGUGUUUGGUUUGUUCAUUCUGGGCUACUUUAGAACAACAAGGCGGACUCCCUGGGAGAGGACUCGCUCUGUAUGUAGAUAUAAACAGCUCAUUCAAAGGUACCAAAAACACAGUGAUUCUUAUUGUCAGGUGAUUAUAAACUAAUGAAAACAUACUUAUUAAUAUGAUAUACCAUUUCUGCCAAUAGAUGCCCCUAAACCCUACAAACUGGACCUGUAAAACAUAACUAUUGUGAGAUGCCCAUGACUAAAUAACGGUUUAUGUAGCAACAACCUCGAGGCAGGACAGCUAACAGAGCAAAUGGCUACAAACUCUGCUAUCAACCCAGUUGGCAGAAUAAAUGUUGGCACUGUGCGUUUAUGCAAACCACUGAUUUUUUACAUUUGUAUGUUUCAGAUGCAGCAGAUAUGUUUAAACUUUACAUUUCUUUACAUUUAAAUUUUCAGUUUUAUGUUGUGGCAUCAUCGUGGUUUAUGUGUAGUUAGGUACAAGGUUUUAGGUCAGGAAAACAUAAUGUUGGGUUCAAAUACCUGCUUUUGUCACUCUGGACAGAUCCCAAACUCUUGCUUAAAAAGACCCGUGUUGGUCUUGAACUGUGGUCUGCUGCUUGGCAGCUGUCUCGCCCAGGUGUCACACCAUCCACUAUCCCCUCCUUCUUCUAAUGAGAAACUCGGAUCAUAUGCAGUCUAAAUGUUGGAUGUAUAAAAUGUACAAAUGUAAUAUAUCUGUGGUUUGCAGAAAUCUACAGUGCAACCAGUAUAUUAUGGUGGCUGGGCUGCUGCUAUCUUUGGCUCUGGAAACAAUCAGAAAAUGAUAGGGUGUUUCUGUCGGGUGGAAAAGGCGGGUGGGGUGGGGUGGGGGGGCAAUCCAAAUGUUCUUUGUCUUCUGAGGGUUUUGCACUAUGUGAUACAAUCAGACUUGCUCUCCACAUGGAUUUUCUUCAUAUGCAUGAAACCAAACACAGGCCUACCUAUGUUCUUUAUUGUUCCCUAUGCAGCCUAUUUAUCAUGAAAGCACUCUCUUUACAGCGCUUUGAUGAGGAAUAACUGGGUGAUUCAGGUCUAAGUCAUUGUGAAGCCAAAUGUUGGUGGUCUCUUGCCAUAGACCCAAACAGUAGCAUGCUCAACUAGGUACAAAAGCAUCCUUUUUUUUAACCUAACCAGGAGGUGUCACCCAAGUGGACUUGUGACGUGGUGUGACUGUCAGGCAAAAAUAAACUCCAACCUUUUGCAUGAAGGUGGAGACCCUUAAUUUCAACCCCUUUCUUUUAAAAUUAAGUGUAUUUUUCAGUGCCACAGAGUCGUCAUAACUUAACAUCACUGUCUAGUGAAAACCACGUACCUCCAAAUUUUGUAAUUUUGAAUUUUUCAGCAAAACUGAAUGAUUUAAGAGUUCCUUUAUAGGUUGAGUAACAUUUCUUACUCUGUAUGCUAAAUGAAUUGUUAAAAAAGCCACUGGGUUUUCUGACAGUGCUUCGUCACAAAGCUGAAAACAGGGCUUUUUUCUUAGCUCAUGAAAAGUUGACAUUCAGGAGAUAUGUGGUUUUUACCAAAGACGACAGAGAUGUUAGGCAGCAUACUGUAACAUGCUACUGUUCAAGUGGAUGUCAAAGACACAAGCUCACAACCUCUUCAAAAACACAUCAGUUGCAUAUGUAAUAUAUUACUUCUGUUACUUCUACCGUUAAAAAAAAGCGAAUCCAGUGUAAUUAAUAUCCACCUGUUGAUCGAUCAAUCGCCCAGAUAUCCCUCAUCAUUAAAGGACUUUCAAAGCCUAAAUGCAGUCAAAAUACUAUUCCCUGUCCUGUUACAGCACUAGUGUAAUGAAAUGGUAUGUUUUGUUAUUGUAUUGUUUUGUUUGUGUGAAAGUCAUGAUGUUUACUUUUUAUAUUACUUCUCACCUCUGUAUAUGUAUUCAUUUGUGUUCAUCUUUCAGCUUUGUUAUGAGCUAGUAGUAGCAGCGCUAGGCUAUUUUAUGUCAAGUUAAGUUGGAAAUUGCAAAACGUCUCCAGAAAUUUGGGAGUUUUGAGGACUUUUGUUGCUUUAGUUCUGCAUUGUUUCAUGUGUUCCUUUUUAUUGUUAUUUUUAUUGGGGUUUUUUUUUUUUUUGGUAAGUAAAUCCACUUCCUGGGUUAAAUACAUUGAAUGUGGAUCGACUCAAGCCCUUUUAUUUUUUUAUAUUGUGCAACUAGAAGCUCAUUUCAUUUUCCAGUGUGUUUUACCUUUAGUGCACUCAACGGUUUUAUUAUACUUGUUCAAAGCAAAAGAAAAAAAACCCUCUUUGUUAAUUAAUGCUUUUUUCUCAGUCUGACAUAUUAAGAAUUUUGAUGAGUUUACAUGAGCUAAGAAAACUGGUCAUUUUGAUAGCCAUGUGUUUGUAACAUUUUACAAGAAGUUUUACAGUAAAGAAACAUUUUUGCUCAAAAUAAUAGUUGAAAUUUAAAUGAAAAAAGUUAUUGAAGACUUCCUACAGCGUCAUUAACAAAAAGCAAACCAAGUCAUCAAGCUCAUGGUACAACAAAGACAAUGCAGGAUUUUUAUCCUGAUGUUUGGGUAUUUGGGAGGACUUAAUUCAGAUAAGGUCAGAGAAUUACUUUCUCAUGGGAGACUGGGGAGAACAGCUUAAAUGUUUUAAUUUUUCUCAGUGUACUGAUCAUGCAAAGUCAGCUGGCCUCGUGAGCCAGUGCUUAAUUAGUUGAAGAAUGUGGCAAACAUACUCUUUACCUAAGGACACUUUGGUGUGAUAAGUGGUGUGUUUUUUGGGACUUGGCUGAGUUGGAUAUUGUUAUGUGAGAGAGUCCAGCAGAUGAGAUGCAGUAGUGGAGUCGCAUUAAAGACUCUGAAUGAGGGGUUGAGGCGGAUGGAGGGACAGAGAGAGGCAUUAGAACAUGUGGGAGCAUAGUGGCUGUUAUAUCUUUGAGUCUGACAGUGUAGAGGGUGGUGGAACCAGUGGGAACUGAUAGAGCACUGGGUGUCAACCAGUACAAUAAGAGGUUAGAUGGGUGGACGGUCAGAGGCAGAAGUACGGUUUGAGAUGGGCACCCCCAGGCUCAUUGUAUGCUUUUGGAAACCUCUAAGUCGUGAAUUUAUUGGUUAUGUCUGUACUACAGCUAGAUGAUGUCCAAUCAAGCUGUGUCCCUGAUAAAUCUUAGAAAUAACAUCACCCUUGGGAGUUCUCAUAAAAUCUGCCAUGUCUGCAGUUCAGCUAUAUCCUUAUGGAUUCCAACAGUGUGCUCAGGUUAAGAAACAUUAGUGAGGGAGUGAUUGUAAAAGUGUCUAGGUUGUAGGUAGAAAGUGACCGCCCUGUCCUCACUACUCACUCCACCAACCCAAUGUAUCAUUAAACCAUUAUUUAGAUGGUUACCCAUGUAAAAACCUUGGUUGAUACUCCAUCUCUCAAUUUUCUUAAUGCAGGCAUUAAGGCAAAAAAGAAAUCACAAACAUUGUCUUUCUUUCUUUCGUUUUUUUUUAAACUGUUUAUCUUCUUAUUUGUUUAAGUUAUUUAUACUUUGGUUUUAUUUAGAGAUCCAAAGAAGAACUCUGUGAUAUUUAGUGGCUUGUACACACUCUCCAAGUUUCUCCUUCCUGUGUGUGUGGUCUGUCUUUCCCUCUGUUUUAGGGUUGAGCUUGUCCUCUCGGAGGAAUCUGAAAUAUGAGAUAUUCAAUUCAAAAUGUUGGAUGUUUUUCAUAAUAAACAUGUAUGAAUUCUUGCA